AUGCCACCAUUACCCACCAAGAAACCCUCGUCGCAAUCUCUUAUAUCCUCAACGCUCGCAGCCAUAGCCAACCACUUUAAACCCCACAAAGCAGAGGCUCUCCAACGUAUACGGCUGAACGCCGUCUGUCUCGUAGCUGCUCUUAUACUGUCUUACUUGUACCGUCUCUGCCGACGGCCAUUCGACGUGGUCUUCGGAGUGGGUGUAUCAGUGGGCGUCUUUGCUAGAAGUGACGGCGGUUACGAUUUUUACGUUCAACAUCGCGGAGGCGGGGUAUGCGCUGAAGUACCCUCCCCUGCCAAUGCCACCCGUCAACUCUCCAGCGCGGCCGAAGUCGAAUGCAAAGUCUCCAACGACGACGCCCCAACGCCCUUUCAAAGUCCUCUCCCCGAACUCAACUCCACAAUGUCAGAAACCCUUCUCCUUUGCCCCAUCAUCCCCCUUCGCCUCCGCCUCUUUCUCAAUGUCAUCAGUGAUGUACCCCGUGUCUCCCAUCUCCACGCUUUCGCGGGUGGUGCAUUACUCGAUGCCUCCCGGGUCAAGCUCGACGAAUACACAAGCAUCAUCAACGUCGACCGUUGGUGUCGGCGUAUCGCGGUAAACAUGCCACCAGGAACGUUGGUCGUGAAUUCAUACUGGCGUGCUUUGGAUGGCUCGUACCUAGGUUUCAUUGCGUCUACGGACUCAGAUGAAGAAGAAACAUAG